UGACCAAAGCAUUAUGAAUGCAGAAAAAAAACAGGAAAUGUUAAAAGAGUUGAAAGAGCGAAUAGGAAAGAAGACAGGUGUGCCAUUCACCGUUGCUGUUAUUGGGGCACCUGGGGCUGGAAAGUCCUCCUUCAUUAACACCAUGAUCACAAGCAUAACUGGAAACUACCGGCAAUGGACAAAGACGGGAAAUUUUGGAGAAUUUGAUCAAACAGUUACGCAUUGUCCAACUUGGAUACCAAGGGAAAGGUAUUUGUCCCACCAAUCACUUGAGGAGUAUAAUUUUCCACACUUUUUGGACAUAGCUGGAAUUCAGGAUACUGAUGAUGAAAUCACAGGCCAGGUACUAAGGCUUCUCUUAUAUGGGAGAAUUCCGUCUGAUGUGCCUCUUAAAGACCUCGCAGAAGAUAUCAGACAACGUGGAACGUGGCUUAUAGAAAAAAGGUAUCCAGAAACACCAGAGUGCAAAAAGGUCGACAGGAUUAUUUUUGUAGCCUCUGCAGCAAAUUCAAAUUUACCUUUAAAGCUCAUGCAAGCUGUAUCAAAAGUACUUCGGAAAAAAAGAGAUAUUCCAAUUUUUGGUGUAUUAACGAUGAAAGAUCAAAAGAAACAAACAGAACAACAAAACUUUGAAGAGUUUGAGACGCUCUUUAAAAGAACGCUUGGAUUGUCUCAUUUGAAUUAUCUUCACUGCACAAAUUACUGCGAUGAUAACGUAAAUGAAAUACGUGAAAGAAUAAGAACACAUUAUCCUGAAUUAGACAUGCCUGUCUUGAAGUUCCUGAUACAGGUUUUGGAUCCUGCGUUGGAGUGUACUGAUUUCAACCGCAGUGCUCGAUUUUCAAAGACAAGAUUGAUCGAAUGGUGGUACGAAUUUGCUGCCACAACAAGAGGAAUUAACAAUUUUCAUUUGCUUCUUAUUAUUUUUGUAACUUCGCUAAUCGCCGCUACUCUUGCACACUUGUUAUUCCGUGCAUAGGAAAAAAAUGCAAAUGUAUAGCUAUGAUCAUUUCUGUGUCGUUUUUCUAAAAUUUUAAAUUGGAUUCAGACAAUUUACCGUAAAUUAGCAUGAAAUUGACUAAAUUUUGUGUCUAAACUUGCUUAUCCUUUUUGGUAAUAUUAUUUCUAAUAAAAACA